CACAGAAACACACUUAGGCAAAAAAAUUAAGGAAUUUAAAACACGCAGCUAUACCUAAUUAACUAGAGCCUCGUAUAUCCUAAGGUUUUAGACUUAUAUAGUUAUUAUGGGUUCAUUUAGUUCUAAUAAGCUAGUUAUGAUUGGUUUGUUCCUCCUUAUCCUUGUGUUGGGUAGUGCCAAUGCAUCACUUUCCACAGAAUUCUAUUCAAGUUCAUGUCCAAAACUCCUUGACACUGUGAAAUGCACAGUGGAAGCUGCCAUCAAAAAAGAGACUCGCAUGGGUGCUUCUCUCCUACGUUUGUUCUUCCAUGAUUGCUUUGUUAAUGGAUGUGACGGUUCAAUUCUUCUGGAUGAUACAUCAAGCUUCAAAGGAGAGAAGAAUGCGGGUCCCAACAAGAACUCUGCCCGCGGAUUCGAAGUGAUCGACGCCGUCAAGUCCGCCGUUGAGAAAGUCUGCCCUGGUGUUGUCUCCUGCGCUGACAUCCUCGCCAUCGCUGCCAGAGACUCCGUCAAGAUCCUUGGAGGGCCCGAGUGGGAUGUAAAACUUGGAAGAAGAGAUGCAAGAACAGCCAGCCAAUCUGCUGCCAACAACGGGAUACCAGCACCAACUUCAACCCUAAAUCAAUUAAUCUCAAAAUUCGGGGCACUUGGACUUUCUACCAAGGACUUGGUCGCAUUGUCUGGUGGUCACACAAUUGGACAAGCAAGGUGUACAACCUUCAGAUCCCACAUCUACAAUGAGACCAACGAGUUAGUAACAUCCUUUGCUCAAACAAGGCAAUCAAACUGCCCUAGGGCAUCCGGUGUGGGGGACAACAACCUCGCCCCCCUCGAUCUUCAGACACCGGCGUCAUUCGACAACCACUACUUCAACAACCUCGUCGACCGAAAAGGCCUCCUCCAUUCCGACCAGCAACUCUUCAACGGAGGAUCCACUGACUCCAUUGUUCGCGGCUACAGCUCAAACCCUAGCUCUUUUUUCGCAGAUUUUGCCAGUGCCAUGAUCAAGAUGGGAGACAUAAGUCCCCUCACUGGAUCCAAGGGAGAGAUUAGAAAGAAUUGCAGGAGUGUGAACUAAUUAAGUCAAGAAUCCAACUAUGAAACGUGUUAUUACUUGCCUAUAUUUUGUGAGGUGAAAAUUUAAAUGCAGAUAAUUUUAGGUGAAGUUGAUAGUUGAGAAUUUUUAAAUAAUUUGAUAUUUUUUACUAAAUUGUCAUUUAAUGACUCUCAGCCAUCAACUUCACGUAAAGUUAACUGCAUAUUUUCACUUUUUUUUUGUGAGCUGUUGACUAAAUUAUAACUAGCUAGUGGGGAAAAAAAAAUCCUAGCUAGAAUUGGUUUGCUUGUGUUUUGAAUUUUGUUAUUCCAAGUGUAACUGUGUGCCUUAUUGUGUAUUUGUUUUAUUAUCACUUUACUUCCAAGUGCAAAUGUUUAAGUUGAUAGCUAUACAAUUUUAAUUGUGA